AAGUACCCACCCCAAGGCAUGAGCUGAGAGAGGCUGGGACUGGGAGGAGCGCAGGGCGCGAUUACGCGGACGCUCCAGUCUCCACCCUCCAGAGCAGACAGCAAGCGCCCAAGCGCCAUGAUGUUGCCGCCGCCGCCACCACCGUCCUCCUUGCGCGACCUUCUCUCGCGGGAGCGCGUCGACGAGGACGAGGCGCCGCAUCUGUCGCCGCGACGCGCCUCCGGGCGGUCACCCCCGCGCCGCGGGGCGUCGUCGAGGUCGUCCAGGCACACGUCGUCGCCGCCGCUGGCCACGACCACGACAACGACCAGGGAGGCGGAGGGGGAGGCCGCCGCCGCCGACGCGGUGGUCGCCGUGCUGUCCGCGUACGCCGGGAGGCUGCUCAGGGACGCGGAAUUCAGGCGGGCGCUCCGCGACAAGUGCGCCGCGUGCCUCGCGCCCGCCGCGGGCGCGGGCGAGGACGACGACGCGGCGGCAGGCCGCCCCGUGCUGGCCAACCUCGAGCUGGGCAUCGAGAGCAUAGAGCGCCUGGCCGCGGACGGCUCCGCCGCGCAGCCACAGGCGCCGCGCGACGCCAAGAUCCGGUCGCUCCGCAACUCCAUCCGCCUCCUCAGCGUCGUCGCGUCGCUCCACUCGCCACCGCCGCCGCCGCGCCCCGGCGCCGCCGCGGGGGACGGCGGCGGCCGCACCUGCGGGGUGCCCAACUCGCACCUCGCAGCCUGCGCGCAGCUCUACCUCGCCGUGGUGUACAAGAUGGAGCGCAACGACCGCGUCGCGGCGCGCCACCUCAUGCAGGUGUUCGCCGACGCGCCGGGCCUCGCGCGCAGGGAGCUGCUGCCGGACCUCUGGGACCACGUGUUCCUGCCCCACCUGCUCCACCUCAAGGUCUGGUUCGCCAGGGAGGCCGACGACCUCGUCGCUGGCCGGGACGCCGACGACCGGCGCACGAGGAUGAAGGCCCUGCAGAGGCUCUACAGCGACCACAUGGACAGCGGCACGGCUCAGUUCGCUGUGUACUACAAGGAGUGGCUCCAGUCAGGCGCCGCCGCGCCGCCUCCCGUCCCCUCGGUGCCGUUGCCUUCGACGCCCAGGAGUUUCGACGGGCGCGAGAAGAGCUCGGCUUCGGUGCACAGAACCUCCAUCAACAGAGACCUGUAUAAUGCGGUUUUCGGGACAGCUCUCGCUCUCGGGCAGGAAGACGUCAAGGAUACAAAGCUGGACGAUGGGACUGGACUAGCUCUGGAUUUGGAUGUCGAAUUGGAUCACGAUGCUGCGGGCUUCAAGACACAGAAGCUUGCUCAUAGUAAAAUGGGGCUCCAGGAAAAGCACUCCCGCUCUCGGAAAGAAGGCGCCGCUCUAGCAGAAACAGCACCUGCGCAGCGGAAAUCAUACUCCUUUCGACUGUUCUCGUGCCAAGGCGAUAUAAGCAGGAACGUGAUCAGCCAUCCCAAAGCAGCGAAGAAGGAACCCGUGGUGUCUGUCGAGAAAGAGCUGGACAGCAGCGAGCUAGCUCCUGCUGUCGUGCCUCUGCUGGAACGAGCGGUUUCCGUGGUAUCCAGUUCGGACAGCCUGAGUCAGUGCGAGGACGCCGUGCACGAGGUCGCCAGAGCAUGCUCGGCCUGGGACCCGAGCCUCGUGAACCUGCUGUCGUGCGCCUCUUUCAUCCAAGGCCUUCUCGAGGUCACGCUGACCUCCAAAGACGACGCCGUGCUGGAGUCGGCCAUGUCGAUCAUGGGGAAGCUGGUUCUGGGGAACGAGGUGAUCAGACAGCUCGUGCUCAACGCGGACCCGCAGCUGGAGGUUUUCCUGAGGCUCCUGAGGAGCAGCGAGCUGUUCCUCAAGGCGGCCGUGGUGCUCUACAUGAUGAAGCCUAAGGCCAAGCAGAUGCUGUCCCUGGACUGGGUGCCGCUCGUGCUGCACGUACUGGAGUGCGGCGACGAGGUGCAGUCUCUGUUCUCCGUAAGAUGCGCCCCCAAGAUCGCCGCGUUCUAUUUCCUGGACCAGCUGCUCAUGGGGUUCGACGUUGACAGAAACGUCGAGAACGCGAAGCAGAUGAUCGCUCUCGGUGGGCUGGACCUCCUGAUCGGCAGGCUUGGCGCUGGCGACGCUCGCGAGAGCAGGCACUGCAUCGCUCUCCUGACCACGUGCGUUCAGGCCGAUGGCAGCUGCAGGCACUACUUGGCUGAUAGUCUCAAGAAGGAGCCUCUCGUUCAGCUUCUUGCUGGAAAUCAGAGGAAAGCCAGUGCCGCGUCCCUUAACCUGAUGAGUGAACUCGUCUGCCUUAACAGAACAAGCAAAAUCGUGGAGUUCGUCAAGGAGCUGAAGAACAGCGGGUGCUUGAACACGAUGCACGUUCUGCUGGUCUACCUCCAGCAGGCUCCUCUCGUCCAGCACCCGUUAGCAGCUACCAUGCUACUCCAGCUCGAUCUCCUGGGUGAUCCUUCGCAGUACAGCGUGUACAGGGAGGAGGCGAUCGAGGCCAUCGUAGCCGCUCUGGAGCACAGCUCGCAGAGCAGGAAGGUCCAGGAACAGUGCGCCCGAGCUCUCCUAAUCUUGGCAGGGCGGUUCUCGUCUUCAGGAGAGCCCGUAGCAGAAGCGUGGCUGCUAAAGAGAGCGGGCCUAGACGAUUCCCUCUCUGAGUCCUUCAGGAGAUCAGAAGUAUUCAAAGAUAAGAGUGUUCGAGCGGAGGAAGAGAAGCUAGUGGAAGAACGGCAGAAGAACCUCGCCUUGAUGCUACUGAAGAGCGGGGGCAGAAGGUUCCUCACGGCGCUGUCGAGCUGCAUAUCCGAUGGAACCCCGAGCCUCAGCCGGUCGUGCCUCGUCAGCGUGGCAUGGAUGAGCAGCUCCCUCUCGCCGCUGCGCGGAUGCAACGACUUCCAGCCCCUGGCAUGCUCCGUCCUCGCGUCUAAGCUUUUGGACAGCUUGAGCUACGACAGAGUCCUGGAGGAGAGGGUGCUCGCUUCGCUGUCGCUUCUGAACGUCGUGAGACACCCAGAAUGCAUGGAGAAGGUCUUCCCGCUGAAGAAAGAAACCAUCGAGUCACUCCAAGAUCUCGCGGAGGUGACGUGGACUGCGAAGGAGCUCCUCUUUGCCUGCUGCAGAUGAGAUGCAAGACCAGAUCGUCCUCAGCGAUGAAGAACUAGACACCAGCAUGUAAUUGGAAGUGAUUGUUUUGGGAGAAGAGUGAUCGCCACUGCUGUACACAGAUUGUUUCGUACUUCCGUUGAUAUGUGAAGCCCCACAGAUCCUUUCCCUCGUCAUGGACUUUGGCUUUCGCUGUUGAAUUGAAGCCUGCACAUGGCUUCCUUUCUUCUUCUUCUUUAGGGCUUGUUUAGAUUGCCAGGUAUCCAUAUCAAUACACAUCCAUGUGUUGUACGUUAACACACAACAUACUAUAUUGAGUUGGAUAAUGAUCAUCCAAAUAAGUCCUU